AUGACUACUGCACAGGUUGUGGAAAUGUACAACAGUCCUAUUCAGGACUACGAUUACAAGGACAAUCAUGCCUCACCUACCUAUGAAGUGACUCCUGGGUUCAUACCUCUCAUAGUGCUACUCUGUAUGUUAAACGCAACAGCCGUCUACACCAAGUGGUCCUCUACAGCACAAAGCUGCGUAAGCACCAAGGAACAUGGUUACCCUGUGAAGUGGAAGCACUGAGUAUUGCUACUUCUGUCAAGAACUUUAGCCCGGUCAUCAUCCAGUCAAAAAACUGUACAUGUGUUGUGACAGACAGCCAACCCAGCGUCCAGGUCAUCAAGGAGAGUUUUCUGCCGACCCUGCUUUAUGUCUUUCCUAAUCGCUCUCUGUAGGUAUCAAGUGAGUCUGCAACACCUCGCAGGCAGUGCAAAUUUACCCUCUGACUUUGCCAGCCGAAAUACUUCUGACCGAAAUGCGCCCCUUUGUGUAAUCUGCUCCUUCAUUCUUGAAACUGAGAAUUCUGCGUAAUACUUGGUGUGUUUUUCCAAGACAUUGAGAGAAUGGCAAGCAUCUACCGUUCACCAUCAGGCCCGCGUGGUUUAGUGUCCAAAAUGAGUACCCUAAUUUAUGCCACAUCUGCGCCCACCUGAAACAAGGACUGUCUGUCAAAGACAGUAACCCGCAUAAAAAGACGUAAUGCAGUAUCUGAACAUCGCUAUGAUUUCUAACAAUGGUUAGUCUUGCAACAUCAGUAACAACUGCCGCCCCCCACUAAAUUGAUCAUGGUACCAUGCUACAUUCUUGACCACCUUUCAAAGCACCAGCUUCAAAUGAUGUUACAGCGCCAGUUGCUCUUGAUAUAAUCACCGCCAUCACUUGCGUGUCAGAUUCCUGCCACACCUGCGCCUCUAAAAGUUCCAACAUACCCUCACCAUCCAGUCAUCAGAUGAUCCAACUGAAAUCGUGGGUGUGUCAUUUGCAGCUGAUGUCACCAUCCUGCUUGAAAGAAUGUAGAACCUCCUUCACUGUAUUGUGCAUAGUACCUGAUAAUAAAGGUGACACUUCUUUGUGACGCCCUUGUCAGGCUGGUCGUAGGCCUACACCACUUGGAUGGUCCCACCGCAGUAAUACAUGUUGACCUUGCACCUGGAUUUGUCUCGCGAAUGAACACCAGUGCUCUAAGAAACCUUGGUUUUCCCAUUGAAGUCGGCCAGAUUGAACCGUCAAGAAAAUCCUGUUGUUGUAUAGGCAGUACUUGAAAACGGGUCUCUUGUGCCCAGAACGUGGUGGGGGCCAUGUUGCUGAACUAUGACUUGAUGUAGCUACAGUCCGUUUAAACUCGUGACUCCAAAUGCAAUGUUUUCGCCGGUGAGAUUUGGAGGCAAUACAACCAGUUCACUCACAAGCAGGUACCCGUGUCCAACAUGCAGCACAUCAUAGCAAAGCACACCGAUUGCUAAAGGAACCAUCCAUACGGCAAAAAAGCGAAAGGAUGCCAUGACUCAUUAAAGACUUCAGCUCCUCUAUAAGUUGGAGGUCGUAUACAUAAAAUCUGACCGGUAUUUGUCACAAGCUUGCGCAAAGUACAUCAUUGCCCGUAUCGAUAGAGAGUGGUGUUUCAUUAAAAAAUUCUCUGGUUCCCAACUCCGCGACAUUGUACAAAAUUGAAUUAUCCAAGUGUUACGGUGUACUCCCAACUGUCGUACCAUCAGCUUCCCAUGAUUACGAUGAAGGUGACUGCGGCUCUACCUUUGCAUCUCUUCUCUGUUGUUAGCCACUCGUCGCUCCACCUGGGCUACUUCGACCACACAGUCCAGACUCUUCAGACUCCUUUCAUGCCAACCCAAGUACCCACAAGCCUUUCCUCCAGAUGUAACAAGCUACUCCCAUUCUCUGGCUCCUACAUCUACCUUAUCUUCUUCGUGCAGCUGACAUCGCCCAAGUCACCAAUCACCGCUGGCUCAGGGUCUACACCUCCAAAGUACCUACAAGACUACAUUCUGUCUAGUCUUCUUGGACUUUGUGAACUGUGAGACAAUCUGCUACUUAAUGUGGAUGGAGGUGUUGAUAUUUCUAGGAUACUUCUGCUCGUUUGUUUGUUGAAAAAAGGUGAUGCUCCAGUGGGCAUUGUUAGGCGAGCAGGUGCUUUUUUUGUUGUUGUUGUUCUUUCAUGCUCUUGCUGGCCAUAUUAUUUUAACUGAGUUGUUGCCAUUAAACCGUAACUGUUCGCUAUUCACGGGUCAUCUUUUCCUCAUUACUGGUGGUGGGUAUAGUUGGACUUUAAUGUCUAACUAAUUCAUCCCAUUCCGUGCCGUUGAAACAAUUUCAAGUACUGGUUGCUUACUGUAGAUAAAAAAAGUAUUUUAACUAACCCUUACUGCUGUUGUACUGAGAUGUUUUGUUAUUUACAAUAGUCAAAAAACCUUGAAAAAAUAUGUCAGUGAGAGCUUGAAAAUAAGUGUGAUGCAGUACUAAAUAUGAAUGUGCACAUACUCUUAACUCACAAUUAGGAUAGGAAAAAAAAUCAGCCUUAGAGGGCCUUUCUUUCAGAUUCAAGUAUUACUCUGGCGAUUUCUUAGGAAAUUUUUUCUUUGUGAUGUAUUUAUUGUAAGAAUCCUUAUUCGAAAACAGUUUAUGGGGUAAAUUAAAUUAACGGCUGUUUUUUUGUGACCAGGUAUCUUUGAACAUCAUAGAAAUGGUGGCCAUCAGAAGGAAGAGAAGAAUUCUUCUGAAAAAAGGUGA